AAAAAGUGUAGUAGACAGUCGACAUAAGAUAAAAUCACCAACCAUGGUGUGUUUACAAGAAACUCCUUGGGCUGAAUUCAGAUACUACAAGAUAUUGAAAUAAAAUCAACUGCGGGAGGGUAAAUACGUAAAUCGCACAAAUACGAGACUCGUUAUAAAUAAGAGUAAAGCUCGAGUUGACUCAUUCUUCACUCAAUACUGUAGAAGAAAGGAAACAGAGGAAAACAAGAACUCUUAAGAACCAUACAGUACAUCUUCUUCUUCCUGCUAUCUUUUAAUGGCGUCUGACCAGAGCAUGAUGAUCAACUCUUCUUCAAUUCUUGACGAAGAGUAUGACGAUACAGAUGAUGGGUUUCACUACCAGACAAGGCAAAGCAGUUUGUCUAGGUUAUCUAUCUGCACGAGCUCCUUCCAUGACGACGACGAAGAUAACCAUACCUCGGAACUGGGUAACUUCAUCUCAGAGCUGUCGCUGGAGAGCCUCGACGACGUCGGAGCCGAGGCAGACGGAGAAAUCUCGGAUGACGGUGACGACUCGGAUUCCGAUAAGGAACCUCCCGGCUUCUAUACUCUCCCAUCGAUCAUGACUCGCCGGAGAAGAAAAGUCAAUGUUUCCACUGGCUUAGAAAAAGAUAACGUCGAUGGCAGUAAGUGUACUUCAGUUAAGCAAAGAAGGGUGUCACGAGAAAAGAGUUAUAGAGGUCACUGUUUUAACGGUGUGGAGAGAGAGAGCGACGGAGACGGAAGCCGAAACCGUUACGGUGGAGGAGGGGAAGGAGAGUUAACGGUGUUAACGAAGGUGAAAGGAGGAAAGAAGUCGAUGAAGAUGGGUUUUGAGGAAGUGAAGGCUUGUAGAGAUCUUGGGUUCGACUUGGAAGCGCCUAGUCGGGUCUCAGUAUCCGCCCGGUCAAACCGGGAGACUCAGACUAGUAGUGGCGGCAACUCUCCUAUUGCCAACUGGCGUAUAUCUAGUCCUGGAGAUGAUCCGAAGGAGGUAAAGGCGAGACUGAAGAUGUGGGCACAAGCAGUUGCUUUAGCUUCUGCUUCACGUUAAAGCUUUUUAUGUUAGGGUUUGUCGCAUAGUCUUACGAGUUUUUCUUGAAUUAGUAACUCUUCUACUGGGUUUGUAAAUAUGAAAGCUAUACUAUAUUGUUCUGUUCAAGCUAUAAUUAAUACUACACAAUGACUUGUAAAACA